AUGCCCCUGCAUUGGUCCAGUGUCAAUCGCCCGCUCUGGAUGGCCGUGGAGCCGUCGAGUCUCCCAGUUGCCUUAAUUGGCACCAAGUUAAUUGAGUACAUGGGAAUGGAUAAUAUGCUUGCUCUUGUUUGCAAGACUUUUGAUGGUGUUAAGGGUCUUGAGAAAUACGACAAGGAUGGUAUCAUUGAUAAGAUCAGUGGCGUUCAUGGACUUGGUCGUUCUGUUGGAAAAUUUCUGGAUGGAAGAUUUACUGUCUUUUGUCUUGAAAACUUGAGGUCAUUUUCCGGUGAUGUUAUCAUUGAUGAUCCACAAAGAAAGCUUAUUUUACAUAGACCAAGGUUUCCUGGAGGGGAGUCGCAUCCUGGUUUUCUGGAUUUUGCAAUAAAUAUGAUCCACCUGGACCGAGCACACUUGAGGUUCCUCACAGUCAGUGUCCAUGGUCUUAGGGAAACUUUGUUUUAUACUUUGUUUUCACAUUUACAAGUUUAUAAGAAUAGAACUGACAUUCAAAGUGCCCUUCCUCUGAUAAAAGAUGGUGUUGUUUCUCUAGAUGGUGGUCUACUGAGACCCAAUGGCUCGUUCUGCCUUGGCCGUAGCAAGAAUCUUGAAGUGAAAUUUGUUGUAACCACUGAUGUUUCAAGUUUACCUGAAAAUGUCGCUGAAAUGGAGGAACAAGUUAAACAUAAGAAUUGGGAGAAGGAAAUGGUUCUUGAAUAUAUGAAAAGGGAGGAAGAUCUGCUAAAACAAGUUAAGGAAUUAUAUAGGAAGCAGAAGCAAGAGCUCAUGGAUUAUGUCACUCAACCAGCAGUGACACAGACGUCAUGUGAAUCGCCAGCAACUCAUUCACCCGCAACUCCUGGGAGUAAUCCGUUUGGAGCCAAGCUCUCCAACAAGUGGCGGUAACAUUUUGGUGGCGUACGUCCCUAUUUUGUUGGGGCUUAUUGCCUGUUCUGGCAUCAGCACGACAUAACUAGCUUUUGCCACAAGCUUGGUGUUAGUUUGUGAGGGUGAUAGGCCAGUGAAAUUGUUCUGCUGCUUAGCAUAGUUGGCCCUAUGGAUGCCAAUUGAUCUAUAGACA